AUGCUCUUCGCUACUCUGGCUAGCUGCCUUUCCUUUAUAGCAUGUGCCCCUACUCAAGUGCUGGCUGGCCCAGCUCUAGCUAGACCUUCUAGCUCUACUUUGAAGCCCUUGGCCAAGCAUACAUCCUCGAGCAUUGCCAGCACGUCUUCCCCCAUUGCCCUUGAGACACCAGUUGUAGCUAUACAGGCUACUUCUGAAACCUCGGAUGACGUGUCCUACUGGCUGGCGGACAUCACACACCAAGGCAUCGCAGCAUUCAACUCAAAUCCUUCCACCUACAAGGUGUUCCGCAAUGUGAGGGACUAUGGCGCCAAAGGUGACGGUGUAACUGAUGAUACUGCUGCUAUCAAUCUUGCUAUCAGUGAUGGUGGUCGUUAUGGCCCAGCAAGCCGAGAGACCUCUACCACGACCCCCGCUAUCGUAUACUUCCCAGAAGGAACAUACCUGAUCUCGACGUCUAUCAUAGAUUAUUACUUUACACAGCUCAUUGGUAACCCAAACUCUAUUCCGGUGAUCAAAGCUACCGCGAGUUUCACUGGGCUGGGUUUGAUUGACGGGGACCAGUACCAAAGUGACGGCGGUCAGGGCUGGGGCUCGACCAACGUCUUCUUCAGGCAAAUUCGGAACUUAAAGCUGGAUUUGACAAAUAUUCCGGCCACUUCGGGAGCAACAGGUAUUCACUGGCCAACUGGACAGGCCUCGAGUAUUCAGAACGUGGAGAUCGAGCUCAGCUCAGCCUCGGGGACGCAGCACCAGGGUAUCUUUAUUGAGAAUGGUUCUGGUGGCUUUUUGACCGAUGUCACUAUCACUGGUGGUUUGUAUGGAGCCAACAUUGGCAACCAGCAAUUCACGAUGCGCAACUUAGUCAUCUCUGACGCAGUGACCUGCAUUUCUCAGAUCUGGGACUGGGGCUGGACCUACCAGGGCCUGAAGCUGUCGAACUGCACAACCGCCCUGGCUGUCAACAAUGGUGGUGCUGGUGACCAGCUCGUUGGCUCAGUGACCGUUCUUGACAGCACAAUCCAGGAUUGCUCGACAUUUGUUGCUACUGCCUGGGCGAGCUCUACUUUUUCCAACGGAAGUCUCAUCUUGGAGAACAUCGUUCUUGAAGAUGUAACUGUAGCCGUGAAAGGAACCAGUGGAACCAUCCUAGCCGGAGGCUCUACAACUAUCAGUGCCUGGGGUCAAGGCCAUAAGUACACCCCAGAUGGCCCGACAAAUUUCCAGGGUACUUUCACUGCCCCGACCCGGCCGAGCGCUCUCCUUGCAAGUGGAUCCUCCAACUACUACACUAAGUCUAAGCCCCAGUAUGAGACCUCGCCGAUAGCUUCUUUCGUCAGUAUCAGAAGUGCUGGUGCCACAGGAGAUGGAUCGACCGAUGAUACAUCUGCUAUUCAGUCUGCGUUGACCUCUGCGGCAUCAUCUGGUCAUAUCGUGUACUUCGACGCCGGAACUUACAAAGUUACUGACACUCUUUACUUCCCUCCUGGGUCCCGAAUUGUCGGUGAAGCCUACCCUGUGAUCAUGGCCAGUGGCAGUGUCUUCUCAACCAUCUCCAAGCCUAUUCCUGUAGUUCAAGUCGGCAAGUCCGGGGAGUCUGGCUCGAUUGAAUGGUCGGAUAUGAUUAUCAGCACGGAAGGCUCCACCCCAGGCGCCGUCCUCAUUGAAUGGAAUCUGGCAGCGGAUGCUGGCUCUGGAAUGUGGGACGUUCAUACCCGCAUCGGAGGUUUCACUGGCUCAGAGCAGCAGGUAGCACAGUGCCCAACUUCGGCCGCUGUAUCGGCGGCCUGUGAGGUUGCUUAUAUGUCCAUGCAUAUCACAAGCACUGCGAGUGACGUAUACCUCGAGAAUGUUUGGUUGUGGACGGCAGAUCACGAUCUCGACAGUGCCGAAAACACCCAAAUUUCGGUGUACUCUGGCCGUGGACUGUUGGUGGAGGGAAAGAAUAUCUGGCUAUAUGGAACUGCGGUGGAGCACCACCAACUAUACCAGUACCAGUUUUCUGGAGCGAAUAACGUUGUGGCAGGUUUCAUUCAGACCGAAACCCCAUACUAUCAACCUAGCCCCAAUGCAGCCAACGGCCCGUACCCAACCAACUCCACCCUCAAUGAUCCCGACUAUAGCACCUGCCUCUCUGGUAACUGUGACGCUCUUGGUCUACGCGUUCUUGACAGCGAAGAUAUCGUUGUCUAUGGCGCCGGUCUUUACAGCUUCUUCAAUGACUACAGCACCACGUGCUCGACUUUCCCUACCCCAGAGAACUGUCAGAGCGAGAUUUUCAGCGUUGAGGGAACCACAAGUAAUCUGGUGGUAUAUACACUCAGCACUGUUGGCGUCACUAACAUGAUUGUCAAGGAUGGGACUUCGUUGGCAGUUGUCAGUGACAACCUGGCGACGUAUGCCGCUACUAUUGCAUACUUUACUUUGUAA